AUUAUACAUUUUUGCAGUAACCGAGAAAUUUGUUUUGUCAAUUCACCUAAAGUAGUGCGAUUUUAAAAUCGAACAAUCUAUUUUUAUUUUACAAACAUUAUUUCUGCGAUUUACGAUAGUUUACAAUAAGUUCCUAACUCCCCGUUCGUUCUUCUAAACGUUAAAGAGUAGAAACUUUUGGAGGCGGACUUAGAAAAAAGCAACGUACGAAAUUGAAAAAAGCGAAGGAUCAAAGUAACUAUUAAUUUAACGAAUCGAGUUUAUAAGGUGUUGAGUAAGGUAACUUUGAAAUAAACGAGCGAUAAAGUAAAACAUUGAACGGUAUUGUGAGUAUAUCAGUUUCGAUGUCAAGGUAUUAUUGUGGUUUUAAAAAUCAAUGUGAACGACAUACGCGCAAUUUAGUUUGAGCGCAAACCGCAAGGAACGCCACGUUGGGGUUCAACAAAAUAAAUUGAAACUCGCGCGCAUGCGUUUUUCUGCGAAUGUAUCCUUGUCAUUUUUUUUUAUUAUCGCGUUUUGAACUGUCAUGUCGAGUGAGAUAAAAAUUAAAAAAAACCAACUAAGAUGAAAAAUAUGCGUAUUAAUAGUUAAUUCGAUGCGCAAAUUGCCGCCGAGAAGUACAGCAAGCAUUUGUUAGAAAAUGAUCGAAAGACGGAAUGAGACAGGGGAUCGCAGUUAAAUUUUUAUGAGUGGAUGAACAAGAGAAGAUGCCGGGCCACCGUCAGCCUAGCUCCUUAGAGGGGCUCAGUUUGGGGCGAGUGUGCCAGCAGCUUGAUGGGACGUGUCGCCGCCUUCAAGUUCGUUCUCAGGAAUCAACCGCCAGCCAAGUACUUGCCUAUGCUAAACAGAAUAUCAGGCCUUAUUACAUCAACACCCUUCCUGCUCGGCUACGAUCCCAAGUAAUAGAGGAAACUUCAAAAAUGCUCUACGGACCUUCAUCGGAUGGCUCAACACUCAUAUCUGGACCAGCGCCUCUAUAUCUGCUUGCCCUUUUACUUGGGCAUGACAUAAGGCACUUAAAAGUGAAUCUGUGCUGCUACUACGGCUGCAGCCAUCAGACUUCGCUUCUAAAAUUACUAACUUCUGAGGGAAUUGGAUUGGAAUCUUUAGAACUGGCUCGCUCUGCACUGCUAAGACUAGAUGACAAGCUGCUUUACACGUCUUUGUUGAACAUGAAAAACCUGAGAAGUUUGACGCUCAGGAACAUAGCAAGCGACGCUGUGUUGCAAGUGGUCGGUAAGGCAUGUCCAAAGCUAGUUAUUUUGGAUGUGGCAUGUUCUAGACAAGUGACCGAUGUCGGACUCAAACAAUUGCUAUUGCACGUGGAACUACGGGACAAAAUCUCGCAGUACUCCCAAGACCAAGAGCCAACCAGCUGGUCUCGACUGAAAGCGCUUCUAUCUAAGCUGAAACUAAAGAGUUCCAAGACUGAAAAAAAUAACAAACACGGCGUGCUCCUCGAGUAUUGCGAAAGCAAGAACUUUCUUUGCGAUACUCUCAGAAUUCUGAACGUAGCCAAUACUGGGGUGACAAGUGCUGGGGUACUUCUAGCUCUGAUGCAUGUACCGAGAUUAGAGUCUUUGGCAGAGUACAAUCACAUGGGAAGGGUGGUCGAAAUUAUGACCCAAGGGGUUACCGGACUUAACGCUCCAUUCAGCCUGACUCAGGCUCGAAGUUCCCGAACUACACCUGCCAGACUAGAACUUCUGGCGCAAGCUUGCCCAAGAAUUGAAAAACUGCACAUUUCGGAACCACACCACCCUCCAGAAGCCCUCAGACUUUUUUCUCAUGUAACUUCACUGAGCGUUCACAGCAUUCCGGCACAGAAACAGUGGUUAGAAGGGUUCUACAAUUAUCUGCGUACAAACGGUCAAAAUCUGCGCGAAUUGAACCUGAAAAUAAUGCAGAGUGAAACCCCACUACAAUUGGAUCUCAGAGAAAUAUUCUCCAGUUGCCCAAAUCUCCGAAUAUUAUCCAAAGAUGGUUCGGACGUGAUUUGGAGUAACGGACCAGACCCGCUGCCGCUCAAAUACCUGAAGAAAGUUCACCUCGGUCGUACGGUCAGCGCAUUAACGAUAACAAAGAUUCUGUCCCUGGCACCGGAACUGAUGGCCCUACACGUUCACAGUUGUUUCGAUUUAACAAACACCCAUUUAGAGGACUUGCUCAGUGUCCCAGAAAAAUCGAAAAGUGGAAGGAGAUCGGAAAAAUGUGAAAACAGUUUAGUACAGAACUUGACAUGCUUUUAUAUCUAUGAAGCAAGCAACGUAUCGGUCGAGACUGUCCUCAACAUGUUCCAUAGCUGCAAAAAGCUCAGAAGAAUCGGAAAUUUGGCUAACUGGGGCCUAGACUGCGAAGGGGUGAGAAUCUUGAGAAGUACUCUGGCUCGAGCUAAUUUGGAUGUCGAUUUAUGCCCAGGCUCGCACUGGUUUUGGAGCAAUUGUGUCGAAUAGCAUUUCUGGAGUCAAUCAGUACUGAGCCACCAAAGCAAAUACCGCCAUAUUCCUAAGCCCAUGACAAAAUCGUUGGUAGUUUAACAUUUAGAUUUAAAAUAUGUCACUAAUUCUCAAACUACAAAACACUUCACGAUGGCUGGAAUUGAGAGCGCAAUUUCUCUGAAUUUUAAUCAUGUAAAUAUAGGUAUAUUUUUACGAAUUAUUGUAAAACCUGCUGUACAGUAUCAGGCGUUAGUUUUUAAAAGUUUCGAAGAUUAACGAAUUUCCGUCAUUUAUAUGCUUGUGCAAAAUACGAACCAUUCUCGUAACAAUCUAGGCGAUAGUUUUCGUAACUAAAUUUCUAACGUUAUCCAAACUGAUUAUAAUAAAUAGAACGACGAGACUUAAUUAAUUGAAGCCUUACUUCUAAAUAGAUGUAUCGUUUAAGCUGUUGAAGAAAUAUGUACACAAUGCAUCUGUAUGCAUGUACGUGUUCGAAAACGAAUUAGCAUUUAUUCGCCGAGACUUUAAACCAUUAACUAUUGCAAAAAAAAUAUAUAUAAUAUGCCCACGAGUGCCCCUAAGUUGCAUAUUACGCUUCAAAAAUGUGUCACUGCGUAUUUUCUCUAUAAUAUGUAAGCAAUAAUACGUACGUACAUUGAUUCGCAAAUAUAAAAAAUACACAAUA